AUGGCUAUCCUAGUGAUUUCUGUUGGAGCAGAUCGAAUAUUCCAAACGAAACGAACUUCAUUCACCUCUUCAAAUGAAGCUCAAGAUAUGGAUGAUUUGAGAGUGGCCAAGUGCACCUGUGGUGCUGGAACUUUAAUGCUAAUUUUGUCUCCAACUUCUUAUUUUGAUUGGGUGUCCAAUGAGUUGUGUAGUAGGUUUAAGCUUAAGUUAUGCCAUUUUGAGUUGAGGUACUCUUUUAUGGAUUACUCCAAUUGUUUACUGGAAUCUAAUGAUUAUUUGAAAAUCAUGUUUAUGGUAUGUGGACUGAUGAAGGAUCAAUUAAUUCACAUUGUUGUUUGGGAUAAGGCUGUAGUGAAUGAUGUUCAAAAAGUUAAUACGACUAUAAUUGCUUCUCGUUUUUUGUUGGAGGUUGUACAUAAUAAUGGUAGUAUUGAGCAAGAUGAGGAUAUAUGUAAAGAUUCAAGUGUGGUUGGUAGUAUUGUUGAUUCAAGUGCAGCUUCUUCUUCUUGUUUGAGUAUUGAUUUUGAUGGUAGUAGUAGUGAGUUUGGAAAUGACUAUUUAGGCAAAUAUGGAAGUUGUGGAGGUUGUAAGUAUUUGUCUACUGAUUGA